ACGAAUGACUAACACCCAGCCAUUGCUCUUUGUUUGCUCUGAGAACAACCUGUAACUCGGGUUUGUUCCAAUUUCUUCAAUUGUAUUCCCAAUCUCUUCGCCUGAGACUCCUCACGACUAAAAUCCAGACGCCAGGAUGAAUACUCUGGUGACUAUCUUCUUACUCCUGGUGCCUUGUCUCAGUAUUAAUCUCGAAGAGCUAAUGCUACAAGAAUGGAAAACCUUCAAGCUUCAGCACUCAAAGAACUACACAACCAAAACCGAGGAGAAGUACCACAUGAAAGUCUGGAUAGAUAAUAGACUUUUCAUUGCUCAACACAAUUCGAAGUAUGCGAGGGGAAAAGCUUCUUUCACGGUUGCCCUCAACGGAUUCGCUGAUAGGAAUAGAGCGGAUGUCCACAAAAUGAGAACUGGCUUCAAGAAAUUUCCAGAAAAGAAUUUAACUGGUUUUGAACGCGGGGCAUCGUUCAUUAUACCAGCAAAUGUGAUUUUUCCUGAUUUUGUGGAUUGGGUGCCUGAAGGUGCAGUGACCCCUGUGAAAGAUCAGGGUGAAUGCGGGUCCUGUUGGGCGUUUUCCGCGACUGGCAGUCUCGAAGGUCAGCAUUAUCGGAAGUCAGGUAAAUUGGUCUCCCUCAGCGAGCAGAACCUCGUGGAUUGCGCCAACUGGUGGUACCUGAAUUUUGGGUGUAACGGGGGUGAAGUAAUUCAUGCUUUUCGAUAUGUCAAAAAAUAUGGAAUCGAUACUGAGUCGAGUUAUCCAUAUGAAGCGAAAACUCACAAGUGUGACUUCAAGAAAGACAAAAUCGGCACCACUGAAGCUUCUUGGGUAAAUAUCCACAAAGGCAAUGAAGAGGACCUGAAAGCAGCUGUAGCUACCAUGGGACCAGUCUCUGUGGCUAUCGAUGCCUCAUUACGUUCAUUCCAAUAUUACAGUGACGGAGUUUAUGAAGAUCCUGAAUGCUCACACCGGCUGAACCAUGCGGUGCUGAUAGUGGGAUAUGGAAAUGAGGGUGGGAAGGACUAUUGGCUCGUCAAAAAUAGCUGGGGCACAUCCUGGGGAUACUGUGAGGACGUGUUGACUCAAACGUGUAACAUCUGUCAGAAUGUUUUUUAA